CUCUUGUCUGUGCAUGCAUGAAGGCGCUUACUUCGAUUGAAUCUCACUGGAACAUUAGCUCCAGAGCUUGGUCAGCUAACUCAUAUGAAAAGAUUGGACUUCUUGUGGAACAAAAUAAGUGGAAGCAUACCAAAGCAGAUUGGCGAUAUUACUGCACUUGAGCUCCUGCUUUUGAGUGGAAAUCAGUUAACAGGUUCUCUACCAGAUGAGCUUGGUUAUCUUCCCAACUUGAGUAAGUUUCAGCUGGAUCUGAACGAGAUAUCGGGACCAAUCCCUAAAUCGUUUGCCAACUUACCCAAAGUUCAGCAUUUCCACAUGAACAACAAUAAAUUCACCGGUCAGAUUCCACCUGAGCUCUCUACCCUUCCUUUACUCAAGCACUUCCUUCUUGAUAACAACAAUUUGUCUGGGUAUCUUCCUCCGGAGCUUGCUCAGAUGCCUAGCUUAACAAUUCUUCAACUUGAUAACAACAACUUUGCUGGGAGCGUGAUCCCAGAUUCUUAUGGCCAGAUACGCAAGCUCAUUAAGCUGAGUCUGAGAAGCUGCGGCCUACAAGGAACAAUACCUGAUCUAAGUGGAUUACGACGACUUCUCUACUUGGAUAUUAGCCACAAUCAACUCACUGGAAAGAUAACGUCAAAUACAAUAUCUCAAAAUAUCACAACCAUUAUUUUAUCAAAUAAUCAGCUUAAUGGGUCCAUUCCGUCAAACUUCUCUGGGCUCUCUCAUCUCCAGAAAUUGUAUCUAGAUAACAACUUGUUGAGCGGAUUUGUACCGUCUACCAUCUGGGAUAAUAUAACCUUCACUUCAGAUACAAAACUUGAUAUAAAUUUUGAAAAUAAUCUCCUCUCUGAUAUUUCCGGCGUCCUUGAUAUUCCUCCAAAUGUAACACUCAAGCUUAGCGGAAAUCCUGUUUGCACAAACGCAAAUCAACGAAACAUCAGGCUGCUUUGUGGACCUAGCAAUGGAAACGAAGAAGCACCACAAAAUUUGGAUAAGCCAGUUUUAACUUGUCAACCGCAGUCUUGUCCGAUCCGAGACCACUUUGAAUAUGUCCCAACAUUACCAAAUGAAUGCUUUUGUGCUGCACCUUUUGGUAUUGGACUAAGACUGAGAAGUCCUAGCAUAUCAAACUUCCUUCCAUAUCGUGAUGAAUUUGAUAUGUUUAUAACAACAAAUGUGUACGUAAAGCCAAAUCUUACAUUGUACAAAUACCAGCUUUACGUUGAUUCAAUCGAGUGGGAAGCCGGUCCAAGGCUAAAAAUGUUUUUGCUCUUCUAUCCCGAGUACACAAAUAAUUCUAAUACAUUCGCUGAAAGUGAGAUUCAGGCUAUUGCAAAUACAUUUGCUGGCUUCACAAUACCUGGGAGCGAUAUAUUUGGCCCUUAUGAUCUUCUCAAUUUCACAGCUCAAGGACCUUAUUCAAAUGUAUUACUUCCGUCACUAGGAGGCGGUGGUCGAAGCAAAGGUGCGUUGGCUGGAAUAAUAUUAGGAUCUAUCUCAUGUGUCAUUGUCGUAGUUGGGGGUUUGCUGUUUCUCUUUCGAAAAAUGCGUCAAAAGUCGCAAGCUGAAGCUGUCAAAAAUCAACCCCUACCGAAAGUGACAAUGAAGAUGGAUGGAGUGAAGGCAUUUAGUUUUGAGGAUAUGCAAACAGCAACAAGCGGUUUCGUGAUAACCACUCAAAUAGGGCAAGGAGGAUAUGGGAAAGUGUACAAAGGAACUUUAGCAGAUGGUGUAGUUGUCGCUGUAAAACGUGCUCAACAGGGUUCGUUACAGGGUGAUAAAGAGUUCUACACAGAGAUUGAAAUGCUUUCUCGCGUACAUCAUCGUAAUCUGGUCUCACUCGUUGGGUAUUGUGAUGAAAAAGGAGAACAGAUGUUGGUUUAUGAGUUCAUGCCCAAUGGUUCAUUACAUGACCUCCUCUCUGCUCAAUACAGAGCACCUCUGAAUUUCAAAACAAGAUUGCAUAUUGCUUUAGGUGCUUCAAGAGGCAUCCUUUACCUACACACUGAAGCUGAUCCACCGAUCAUUCACCGUGAUAUAAAGGCAAACAACAUACUGUUGGACUCAAAAUGGACUGCCAAAGUCUCCGAUUUUGGGAUUUCGAGGCUUGUACCAGUAUCAGAAGACGCAAAAGGGGAUUCAAAUGCACAAAUAUCCACCAAUGUUAAAGGAACACCUGGAUAUGUGGAUCCAGAAUAUUUCUUGACCCGCAAGUUAACGGAGAAAAGUGACGUUUAUAGCCUUGGUAUUGUAUUUCUGGAGCUCUUAACAGGGAUGCAGCCCAUAUCACAUGGAAGGAACAUUGUCAGAGAGGUAAAUGCUGCGUGUGGAUCUGGGAUGAUGGUUUCGAUAAUAGACAGGAAAAUGGGGCCCUACCCUUCGGAAUGUGUGAAGAAAUUAAUGGCAUUAGCACUGAGAUGCUCUUUGGAUGAGACAAAGGAUAGGCCUACAAUGCAGGAGGUUGUAAGAGAGCUUGAGAAUAUAACAACAAUGUUUGAGCAGCAAUCAUCAACUGGAGGCACAGACACAGUACCAGAAAUGAAUGUAAUAAAUAGAUUCAGUCCAGGCAGCACAUCAGUGGGGUCCGGUCCUUUGUCUUCUGUGUAUGAUAGGAGGAGUCCAUAUGUAUCGAUGGAUCUCAAUAGCGGUGAUCUUGUUAGUGGUGUCAUCCCUACCAUUAAUCCUCGCUGAUCAUCUCCUCCUUCAAUUUUCCAUAUCUGUGUUUUUAUAAGUCCUGGUCUCACCGUUGUAUAUAGUAUGUAUCUUUCCAUAUCUGUGUUUUUACACCGUUGUAUAUAGCAUGUAUUGUUGUAUUUCAUGUGAUUUGAGUUAUUUAUUUUAUGUAUACAAGUAAACAGAACAUGAAUGGAUGAAUAAACCCUGUUUUUUUUUUUUUU